UAGCAGCUUGUUGCCGCAGAGCGAGUCCCGAAUACCUGUGCCUUUCAGUUGGUUUGGAUGUUGUGGCUGUGCCAUCCGGAUUCAUGAUGUGGUGCGGGGCCCAGCAGGGGACAGGCCUGGGCGGCCUGCUUAUCACCGACGGUCCAGCUUGGAGCUUGCGUCUUCAGGCUACCCGCAUCCACUGGAGCUCCUCCAUCGUCGUGCAUUCACAACCAACUUGCCAAUCCACUUACCAGCCUCUCGACUCUCUAGACAGCCUCCCGAGCCGGCCUCGACUUUCGCAUUGAUACCUCGCGCCUGUUUUUGCCCUGCAUAACCUCCAAAACCACCAUGAGCGACCCCAGAGAUCCAGCCUCCUAUCGGGUGACGCCCAGGCUUCGCUACAACACCGUCGGUGGUGUCAACGGACCCCUCGUCAUCUUGGACAAUGUCAAAUUCCCCAGAUACAAUGAGAUUGUCAGCCUUACUCUUCCCGAUGGGACUGUGCGUUCCGGUCAAGUCUUGGAGGCUCGUGGAAGCCGCGCCGUUGUGCAGGUUUUCGAGGGCACCUCUGGCAUUGAUGUGAAGAAGACCAGAGUUGAAAUGACCGGAGAGAGCUUGAAGCUCGGUGUCUCUGAAGACAUGCUGGGUCGUAUCUUUGAUGGUUCAGGUCGUGCCAUUGACAAGGGCCCCAAGGUCCUGGCUGAGGAGUUCUUAGACAUCAACGGCAGUCCUAUCAACCCCUACUCGAGAGUGUAUCCCGAGGAAAUGAUCUCGACUGGCAUCUCGGCCAUUGAUACCAUGAACUCGAUUGCCCGUGGCCAAAAGAUUCCCAUCUUCUCGGCCGCUGGUCUUCCCCACAACGAAAUCGCCGCUCAGAUUUGCAGACAAGCUGGCCUGGUUCAGCGCAAGGGUGUGACAAACAAGGGCGUACAUGACGAUCAUGAGGAGAACUUCUCCAUCGUCUUCGCUGCCAUGGGUGUCAACUUGGAAACUGCUCGUUUCUUCACCCGCGAUUUCGAAGAGAACGGCAGUUUGGAGCGCACCACCCUCUUCCUCAACCUUGCCAACGAUCCUACUAUCGAACGUAUCAUUACACCUCGUCUCGCCCUUACUACCGCCGAGUACUAUGCCUACCAACUCGAGAAGCACGUCCUCGUCAUUCUCACCGAUCUUUCGGCCUACUGUGAUGCUCUUCGUGAGGUCUCUGCUGCUCGUGAAGAAGUCCCCGGUCGUCGCGGUUUCCCCGGUUACAUGUAUACCGAUUUGUCGACCAUCUACGAACGUGCUGGCCGUGUCGAAGGCCGCAACGGUUCGAUUACUCAGAUUCCCAUUCUCACUAUGCCCAACGACGACAUUACCCAUCCCAUUCCUGAUUUGACUGGAUACAUUACCGAGGGUCAGAUCUUCGUCGACCGUGGUCUUUACAACCGCGGUAUUUACCCUCCUAUCAACGUGCUUCCGUCGCUGUCCCGUCUGAUGAAGUCUGCCAUUGGUGAGGGCAUGACUCGCAAGGACCACGGUGAUGUAUCCAACCAGCUGUACGCCAAGUAUGCCAUCGGUCGUGACGCGGCCGCCAUGAAGGCAGUCGUUGGUGAGGAGGCCUUGUCUCCCGAGGACAAGAAGUCUCUGGAAUUCCUCGACAAGUUCGAGCGAACCUUUAUCAACCAGGGCCCGUACGAGGGACGCACCAUUUUCGAAUCUCUUGACCUCGCGUGGAGCUUGCUUCGCAUCUACCGCAAGGACAUGCUCAACCGUAUUCCUGCCGACAUCAUUGACGAGUUUUACUCGAGAACCCCAUCAGACCGCAAGGGCAAGGACAAGGCCCCUACCAAAGACACCAGGGAUACCGAGGUGCCCCAGGAGGAGAACCUUAUUGAUGCUUAA